CUAUCAAUACAAUACGAUCGAUCAGCUGCCUCUGUGGUUCAAGUCAAGUCACCACCACGAGACUCUUUCUGAGUCGCGAACUCAGCAGCAAUGGCGGCCACUAGAGUGAUAGCCACAGUAGCCUCAACCAACACCAUCACCACCACCACCACCACUGCUUUACUGUUCAGAGGUCCAUUGCGAAGAUCCAACGGCCUAAGUCUCUGCUUCAACACCAAUAACAACAGCAGAUUGGUUCCUAAGAGGAGGUCCUUCACUUGCACUGCUCUUUACAAGCCUGAGAUUCACAUCAAGGAAGAAGGCCAACCUCAAACCCUAGACUUCCGAGUCUUCUUCCUCGACAAUUCCGGCAAAAAGGUUUCUCCCUGGCAUGAUAUACCAUUACGCUUGGAUGAUGGUUUUUUCAAUUUUAUUGUUGAAAUACCCAAAGAAACAAGUGCAAAGAUGGAGGUUGCUACUGAUGAGCAAUUCACUCCAAUAAAGCAGGAUACCAAGAAUGGAAAACUUCGAUUCUAUCCACAUAAUAUUAAUUGGAAUUAUGGAUUGCUUCCACAAACGUGGGAAGACCGGUCAUUGGCAAACUCUGAUGUUGGGGGUGCACUUGGAGAUAAUGAUCCAGUUGAUGUGGUUGAGAUUGGUGACAGUCAAGGAAAGAUAGGCCAGAUUAUGAAGGUCAAACCCUUAGCUGCUUUGGCAAUGAUUGAUGAAGGGGAACUUGACUGGAAAAUAGUUGCGAUUUCAUUGGAUGAUCCAAGAGCUUCAGUUGUUAACGAUGUUGAUGAUGUUGAGAAGCAUUUCCCGUUGAAUAAAAAGGUUGCCAGAAAGGAGCCAACCACAAUUUGUUAUGAUGAGAGCAUGUUAGGGCACUCUUACUGCAAUCAGGGACUGGUUCAGAGACUACAAGAUCCCUGAUGGAAAACCUGCUAACAAGUUUGGUCUUGGCAACAAAGCAGCAAACAAGG